AUGAGGAUAGCCCAGGAUGGGGAGCCGGCUGUUUUAAUAGAAUGUUGCGGUCAAAAAGUGACAGUCUCUCUUUUUUCCUUCUCUUUUAUUCUAGUUGAAUGGAUCGCUGCAGUCUCCUUAGCUGCUGGAGCAGCUGCUGUUGGGUAUCUAGCUUACAAAAAAUUUCUCUCUAAAGACAAAUGCUGCAAAGCAAUGGUGAAUCCCCAUAUCCAGAAGGAUAACCCCAAGGUAGUCCAUGCAUUUGAUAUGGAAGAUCUGGGAGACAAGGCUGUGUAUUGUCGUUGUUGGAGAUCUAAGAAGUUCCCGCUGUGUGAUGGUUCUCACACAAAACACAACGAGGAAACUGGCGACAACGUUGGGCCUCUGAUCAUCAAGAGGAAGGAGGCAUAGAGUGGACAGUAGAAGCUACAGAAUGAAUGUCUGACAAAUCCUCUGCUCACUUGUAAUUGGGGGAAAAACCACAAAUUCUGUCGUGUCACUGAAGACUUUCCAUGUAGUAUAUACAUCAGGCUUCAGCAUGUGUAUUUUCUCCGGUGCUUGUCUUGUUUUAAUCACUACAAUGCAUAAUUUACUAAAUAGUCAAGGUUUAAAUUUUUUUGUCCUGUAAAGUGUGUGUACCCUCUCAUUGAGUAUGAAACUAAAACGACGCACAGAAUGUACUUAAUCAGAAAAUAGGUAUUAAAUUAUUUUCAAAUACAUGUGUACUACUCUGAGGCUGUUCAGUAGAAAGUGUGUUCAAAAUGUAGAUCUUAACAUUCUAGAGUGGUUCUGAAGUCACGGGUCUGGAUAGAUUUCUAUGUAAAAGGCAGUGGCAGGAAAGAAACGGUGCCAAAAUGCAGCUUAACCUCUCAUUAUGCUGCGUUUUCUGCAGGUGUCACGUUUGCCCUGUUACGCUACUGUUCUGUGUGGCUCUGGU